AGAAGACCUACAGUUCAUGAAAAUUAUGAACAACACAACAGUGUUAACUGGAAACCACUACUGCAUGGACUUACCAUUCAAAAGGGAAAAGGAAAUAGUGGAAUUGGACCUAGAUAUGGACAAACUUCCAAUGGAGCGAGUCCUAGGACUGCAGUGGUGCAUUGAAACAGACAAGUUCAAGUUCAGGACAACAUUACGAGAGCAACCAAGAACCAGAAGAGGCAUUUUGUCGGUGGUCAGCUCACUUUACGACCCGUUGGGAUUUCUGGCCCCAUUCAGUAUGCCAGCCAAGCUGCUGCUACAGGAACUUUGUAGGAGAAACUUUGGGUGGGAUGAUGCUAUUCCCCACUUCUUCUCUAAGCAAUGGUCUAAUUGGCUUGAGGACCUACAAAGGGUGUCUAAGUUCCAGGCUGAUCGAUGUAUUAAACCCAGAGACUUUGGAGAACCUGUUACAGCACAACUUCACCACUUCUCCGAUGCCAGUCAGGUUGGAUAUGGAUCUGUGUCUUAUGUGAGAUUGGAAAAGGAUCAUAAAGUACACGUUGCAUUUCUAGUGGGAAAGGCCAGAGUUGCUCCACUAAAACAGACUACAAUCCCUCGACUGGAGCUCACAGCUGCCGUUCUUGCUGUUCGUGUUGAUAAGAUGUUGCGGAAGGAGUUGCAACUUAAACUUGAAAAGUCAAUCUUCUGGACAGACAGUACAACAGUCCUUAAAUAUAUCUCCAGUGAAACCAGGCGAUUCCAUACUUUUGUGGCAAACAGAACCUCUUUCAUCAGAGAUACAGUAGAUGUGGAACAAUGGAGAUAUGUGAGUUCCAAGGAGAAUCCGGCAGAUGAAGCAUCAAGAGGCAUGGGAGCUGAGGAUUUCCUGAAAGGCAGGAGAUGGAUAAAUGGACCUCAGUUUCUACACAUGCCAAAGGAGAAGUGGCCUAAACUGGUCGAUAACCUUAACGUUAUUGCUGCAGAUGACCCAGAGGUCAAAAGGGACUUGAUAGUGAAUACUAUUGUUAAUGAUUUGCAAAAUGCCACUAGCCACCUGAUCAAUUACUUUUCAUCUUGGAUCAAACUGAAUACAUCUGUGGCUUGGAUUUUGAAGGUCAAGGAAAUUCUCAAGUCAUUGGGACAGAAGAGAAAGGAAUUUUGGGCUUCUACAAUACUCCGGAAGGAUCAUUUGGAGAUACAGAAGCAAGAAGUGGAAAGGAGAGUUCAGAACUUUAAAGCCACACUCAAAGGACAAAGCCUAACACCUGAAGAUCUUGCCAAGGCGGAAGAGUCAAUUAUUCAAUUUGUACAAAGCCAGCGGUUCAAAGAGGAAAUUGCCUCCCUGAAGGGGCACGUAAACGUCCCCAAAGAAAGUUUUCUGUACAAACUGGACCCAAUAAUGGACGCUGAAAUCCUCAGAGAUGGCAUUAAGUGGAACUUUAAUACUCCAGCAGCUUCCCAUCAAGGCGGAAUCUGGGAGCGCCUGAUUCGCUCAGUGAAAAGUGUUCUCACCUCAGUUCUUCGACAGCAAAUUCUGGAUGAUGAAGGUCUCCAGACCAUUUUUUGUGAAGUAGAAGCAAUUCUUAAUGACAGACCCAUUACAAGGGUCUCUGAUGACCCCGAUGACCUCGAAGCUCUGACACCAAACCACCUUCUAAUAUUAAAGGGCAAACCAGUCAUGCCACCAGGACUAUUUGAUAAAGCAGAUCUCUAUGUCAGGAAAAGAUGGAAGCAAAUACAGUACAUGGCUGAACUCUUCUGGAAACGGUGGAUCUUGGAGUACCUACCCAUGUUGCAGGAGAGACAAAAAUGGACAAGACCAAGAAGAAGUCUCAUUCCGGGAGACAUUGUCCUUGUUGCGGAUGCCACAGCUCCAAGAGGAUCUUGGAUGAUGGGGAAAGUUUUGGAUACGAGACCAGAUGCAAAGGGUCUGGUGCGCUCUGUGCGGCUACAAACAAAGACCAGCAUUCUGGAGAGGCCAGUGACCAAGCUUUGUCUGCUAUUGGAAGCAGCCGUUAGCACUAUGGACUGA